GACGCACACCAAUUGAACUCGGCCCAGUCGCCGAUUGACGUCGUUAAACUUGUACGGUUUCUACCAUGGAGGUUGUACAGUGAUAAACAAACACAUUUUCCCUCUAACAAUGUUUAGAAUUUAACUUUUUAAUCACUGCAUCAGAACCUGCCUGAAUUCAUAAACAGUAUGCCUUGUGCCAAGGCCAUGGAUACAUCAGAAGUAGGCAGUGAAAUUCAUCAUCAACAUGAAAACCACAUUGAUCACAACAAACUCUUGACAGUACCAACGUCAUCGGGCCCUUCAGAGCCGUUGUCACCGAUGUCUGAGUCAACAUUCACUUGUGGCUGUUGCUAUGAAAUCAUGGUCCAGCCCACCACCUUGAACUGUGGGCACAGCUUCUGUCGACUGUGUCUGGCACGAUGGUGGAAAACACAGAAACGGACGACAUGUCCCGAAUGUAGGUACCCCUGGACUGGCUUCCCACAUGUGAACAUUAUCCUGAGGAAGACUAUGGAGAAACUGUGCCCCGUCAUCUUAGAGGAACGAAGUAAAGCUGUAAUGACAUCAACUAGCACUGAAAUCUUGGCAGAGUUUGAGCAGUUUGGUCAACAGCUAGAGAAGACACAGGCCAAAGGAAAAGGGGCAAGCAAUAGAACACCGCGAGGGUUUGUCUGGGGUGUGCUGACGACGCUAGGAGUCGUGUUUGUAAUUCAGUUGAUUCUCAACUGGGGAAGCAGCGACAACAAUAUGUUGGUGUAUAAACCGCUGAGAACGUGGAAAUCGGAGGAUGUAUCACAGUGGCUACAGGAACUUGGAAGCUGGGCAGGAAACCAGUAUAGUCAACAAUUCUUGGAACAAAGUAUCAAUGGUAACUUGCUGAUGGGAUUAACGGAGGAAUCACAGCUGAAGGAGGAACCCUUUAACAUCAAAAAUGUCUUGCACAGACGGGCGAUACUAGCAGCAUUAGAGAGGGUGAAAGAACAGGGUGCUAAACCACCGAGAGAUCUGUGGGAAUAUAAGUCCUUGCAUCGAGGUCUAGCCACCUUCCUCCUGUACGUUGUCAAAGAGUUCCCUCGCAUCACCAUAUCAUCUAUGUACAUCUUCUACUACGAGGAUGUCUUCUUACCAUUUAUGCACAUCACUUGCCCUGGGAGCCAAACUGUAGAUGUUGUGGAAGGUUUGGAGUUGCCUAGGAAGUAUAAUCGGAGCAUUGAAUGGGAUCAGUGGGCAGAGUUUAUUCCAAAGUUUGUCUUCUUGCCCUACUACUUGAUUGCUGAGCUCUCCUGGGCAUGGAUUGACGUCAACUUUAUGCCUGUGAUCUUCAUACUGGCCAACUGUGUGUUCCUGACAAUGAUCGAAGCCAAGACCGUUAGGAUGAUCUUCAAACAUGGACUGAAAAUGGUGAUUCCAGCUAUCAAGAAGCCCUUAAACACCAUGUUAUUCAUUCUAGUCUCAGUCAUCAUGUGGCCUCUCAUUCCCACUAUCCUUUGUGAUUUUGCUUUCUACGUUUCCCUUUACUAUUCUCCCUGUGGUAACUUCUACACCAUCUUCUUCCAGUGACCCACCGAUAGCCUAUCAGGGGAUUGUCAUCUAAUCUAUGCAACUCUUGGUAGACAGCAUGAUGUUAACUUCAAGUCUAAGUCAAGAAAUUAUCGGAGUGUCCUACGCAAGAAUGAAUGUAACUGGCUCCCUCUUAUGAACCACUGAGAAUGCUUUUUUCUUGACCCAGAGACUCAAUCAAGGAUGAUGCAGACACCUGUGUUGUUUUUAGCUACACCCAUGCCUUGUGCAAAUGCUAAUCAUUAACCUUGCAAAAUCAAUUUUGUUCUUAAGCUUUGCUCUUAGUCCUGAGGUAUAAAAUACAUGUCUCAGACCAGUCCAAGCGAGGGGGUACUGCACAUGUAGGAAGCCCCCAGUUAUGGCGGAAAUACUGUGCUGACAUUUUCCAAUUUGCUAGGUUCAGUAACUUUGUGCAGUAGCUAAGAAACCCUCCCUGCUGUUACCAAGGAUUUCAGAAGAGUGUAGAGUUCUUAUGGAUUGAUUUGAUUUGUACAGAGACCAUGUGUUACUGCUUUCUUGUUACAAUGAUACAGAUUGCUUCAUAGCUAGGUUUCUUUUACAUUUUAUGAGCACUUGAUAUUUUGUUUCAUAGAGUACUACCUUUCCAAAGUGCAGUGUGUGAUCCAUAUCUAGCAACACCAACCCAACACAGUCCCGCAUGGGCUUGUUUCAAGUCUUGAUAUGGGAUUUUAAAGGUUCUAGGCAAAUAACCAUUGGGAUUGCUUACAUAUUGCCAUCUCUGGUGUCAAUAGUAAUCCUGCAUGUACUGUCUCUUUUAAACACAGUAGGCCUAGUUUUCUGUCAUGUGGUGUUGCAUGUGAUGUUAGAGAGUAUUUAGUUUUUUCUGUUGUGUCAAAUGUGAAAUCAGUUUUUGAUAUGACUUGUGUUUAUUGUUUUUUUUUGUCAGAUUUUUAAAGCAUAUCGUUUAUGUUUGUUACAUUACCAAAGAUACUGUUGAUUUUCAUGUUGAACUUUUUAGGGUGCAUUCGGUUACAUGAGUAGGAUGCAUGCGCAUUACACUCAGGUGCAGGAGAAUAUCUCCCUCUAGUGAGAGUAUACUCUCACUGACCCAUGGGUCAUGCUCCAGCCAUUCGAGCGCUCAGAAGUAUACUCAUGUUAACAUGAGUAUCUCGCUCAAACGCACCCAAUACUUAAUAGCAAAAUGCAACCAACAUUACCAGUACCAACAACAGACUGUAACGAAGUGUUUUUAACCAAGAGGAGGUGUUAGCAUGACAAGAGACAGCAGCUCUUUGAGGUAUUGAUUAUGUUUAGGAAUUACAACCAAGUGGCAAAUAUUUUCGAAAUACUUCAGCUGGAUACAGAUUGGUUGAAACAUUCUGAAUGGUUUAAUAUUUAUUAUUAGAAUGUGGCAAUAACAUGAACAUUGUGACUUGUGAAAUUUUGGCAUGACAAACUCCAGUGGCUGCAGAAAUGUCAUCGUUUCUAGGCAUUAUUCAGAAUUGCAGAUUUGAUGAGAAGUUUAAUGUUUUAAAUAACCUAAAUGAACAGUGAUUGAUUUUAUUUGAUAGGAAAGGCAAAAGAUUUCAGGAAAACAGAUCACGCCUUUGGUACUGAGUACUGCUGAAAAGUGAUAGUUAAUUCAAAGUUUUCUGUAUAGAUUAUUUAAAUGUAGAUGUAUUUUGAAUCUCUGCUAUGGGUCAAUUGUUUACUUUUAAUUUGUAAAUAAACAGAAAGCUUUAUAUUGCAUUGA